AGCCUAACUGAAACUAUGCAGAAUUUCACUGGCAGUAGGACAUCGCCUUGUGAGCAGACGUACAAGGAUUUUCAUUCUCCUGAAGGAUACGUACAAGUGGGAGCGAGGUCCACAGCUGUCAGCCCCAACACAUUCCCUCCAUUAACACGCUGGUUUACGAGGCAACGUUGCGGCGAUUUGAGUCAUUUUUCGUUUUUACUGCAACCUCCAACGGAUCGCGAUAGGGCUUUGGAUGUGUACGCUAGCUCUUGGGCAUCGGUGAGAAUGGAGUUUCCAGAUGGAAGUCUGUUUAACACGUUGCCCAUCCACCGCAUGAACCUUAUGCAGGUGGACUCUGUGCAGCGGUGGAUGGAUGACCUCCUGCUGAUGACGGAGUGUGAGUGUAUGUGUAUUCUGCAGUCCAAACCCAUCAGCGUUGAUGAUGAUUCUCAGUCGGACCUCAUGCUCUGCUCCCAAGACAGCUCCCACAACACUCUGGAAAUGCUGCUGCGCCGCGCGUGGAUCAUAAGCACCGAGCUCACCAAGAUUGUCCAGAAACUGGAGAAGAACAGAUGGAAACGAGUCCAUGCUAUGAGCAUUAGAACAGAUUGCCACGUACGCUCCAUGAUCAAAGAGUACAACGCAUUUAGUAGGACUUCCACGGAUCAGAUGCACCAGAAUGAAACAUUAUUAAUGGAGAAAUGUUCACAACUUGCAGAAAUCACCGAAAGGUGCACCCAGACGGACGAUGAGGACACGCUGUCAUCAAUGAAAUUCUGCAUUAACGAGACCCUAACAUCAGUCGGACAGUAUUUUAGUCAGCUGAUCAAUCUCGCAUUAAUUCAGGAAGUCAAGGGUCUGAUGGUGGAGUUGGACACGUGUGAUAAUAUUUACAGAAUGGAGUCUGCAAUACACAGCCUGUACAGCCUAACCCAAGAGGGGAACCGUCUCUGCAAACUGGUGGCUCAGGAAGGUGCGGUCGUCGCACUGUUCAAAAUCUGCCGACAAGAUCGUUUUAACUGCCUUUACCUGCCGGCUCUCAGGACCCUGGCGUCCGUGUGCUCAGUGGAAGAGGGGAUUCAGCAGCUGGAGAAGGUUGACGGGAUAUUGUGCUUAACAGAAAUUCUCACCGAUGAGGCUCAGUCUGAGGCCACGAAAGCCGAAGUAGCGGCUGUUAUAGCGCAGAUCACAUCUCCUCACCUGACCUUCACCCAACAUUUCAGCAGCUUCCUGGAGAACAUGGAAGAGAUCGUUACUGCUCUGUUAAAGCUGUGUAGUGAGGCCUCAUCCGGGGAGAUCUGCUUGCUGGCGUCUGCUGCAUUAGCUAAUAUAACCUUUCUGGACACUAUCGCCUGCGAGAUGCUCCUUCAGAUGGACGCAGUGAAAAUCCUACUGAACGCUUGCUCAGACAAACAAAGGGUUAAUUCCUCCUAUGCUCGAGAUCAGAUUGUUACAAUUUUAGCCAAUUUGUCCAUACUGGAUCAGAGCGCUUGGGAAAUUCUUGAAGAACAUGGGGUGGAGAUGCUCAUCGCAAUGCUGUCUGAAAAGCCCCUGACCGGGAGUUUAGCAGAAGUCUCAGCCUGUGAACGAGUCCUCCAGAAAUCUGCAGUCGCACUCGCACGGUUGUGCCGGGAUCCAGACAUCGCUCAAGCUGCCAUAAAACAUAAAUGUAUCCCGCGUCUGAUUACUCUCUGCCGCCACCCAGAGGAGAGAUACAGCAGUGAUGCUGUCCUUGUUGCCUGCCUGGCAGCGCUACGCAGGCUGGCGGUAACGUAUCCAGAAGGCAUCGAAGACGUAGACUUACAACAACUGGUUAAACCUCGGCUUGUCGACUCAUUUCUACUCUGUUCAAACAUGGAAGAAAGUUUUGUAUAGCUGACGACAAGAGCCCUGCACGUCCUGUGCCGGGGAAAGUUUAUUCUACUAUAUAUUUUAAUUUAUGUAUAAGAAUUAUAGCAGAAAAGAGUUUGUGUAGAAAGUGCCAGUCACACACGUGCAGUAUCCCGCAGAUAACAUUUUGUAUAACGCAGCUUUACGGUAUGCUUUGUGUAGUGAUAGACCGGACGGGUUGUUGCACAAUCUGUUCCCUGCAUUACAUGUUAAAAACACAAAAUAUUAUUUAAGUUUUGUACGGUACAAUCCUGGUUUGUAAUCGGGAGACAUUUUUAUAAACAGCGGCCGUUAUUAGAGGCGCUACAUUUAUAAAUAAAUAAAGGGGUUCUUGGACCUGUACAAUUUU